AUUCUCUCGCAAUCCCUUUCUCCGAUGGAGAUGGACUCCCUCCCCAACGGCACCUCCUCCUCGCCGAGCCCAAUCCCAAGCCCAGCCACCGCACCCGCGCCGUCCACCAAGCUCAACUACCUCUCCGACUCCUUCAAGCUCGAGCACCAGUUCCUCCGCGUCCCCUUCGAGCACUACAAGAAGACGAUCCGCGCCAACCACCGCGUCGCCGAGAAGGAGAUGUCCGCCGUCAUCAACGGCGUCAACGAAGCCGCCGACCGCGACGACAUGCUCUGCGACGACGCCGUCACUCACCUCAAUUCCCUCGUCUCCAGGCUCCAAGGCCUCAAACGAAAGCUGGCGGAGGGGAGCAAGGCAGAGAACCUACAGGCGCAGCGGUGCCGGGCGAGGCUGGAUCAUUUGGAAUCAGCAGAUGUGGAGAAUUUAUCAGAAUGGAACAAUGUGCGGCUGAACCGGAUCCUUGUGGACUAUAUGCUGAGGAUGUCUUAUUACGACACUGCGGCGAAAAUGGCUGAGAGCCAUAAUAUUCAGGAUCUUGUCGAUAUUGAUGUAUUUCAAGAAGCCAGAAAGGUAAUUGAAGCUCUCCAGAAUAAGGAGGUGGGUCCUGCCCUGGCCUGGUGUGCCGAAAACAAGUCAAGGUUAAAGAAAUCCAAGAGCAAAUUGGAGUUUCAGCUAAGACUUCAAGAGUUUAUAGAGUUGGUACGAGCUGAAAAUAACUUGCGAGCUAUCACAUAUGCCCAGAAAUACCUUGCGCCAUGGGGUACUACUUAUAUGAAAGAAUUGCAACGGGUCUUUGUAACAGUAGCUUAUAAGAGUACCACUGAAUGUAAUACAUACAAGGUUUUAUUUGAACCAAAACAAUGGGAUUACCUGGUUGACCAAUUCAAACAGGAAUUCUGCAAGUUAUAUGGCAUGACACUUGAGCCUCUGCUGAAUAUCUAUCUGCAAGCAGGACUCUCUGCGCUGAAAACCCCAUAUUGUUAUGAAGAUGAUUGUACGAAGGAGGAUCCACUGUCACAGGAGGGUUUCCGUAAGCUAGCCCUUCCAUUACCUUAUUCCAAGCAGCAUCACUCGAAGCUUGUUUGCUAUAUAACUAAAGAACUGAUGGACACGGAGAAUCCGCCACAAGUUCUGCCAAACGGCUAUGUCUACAGCACCAAGGCUCUGGAAGAAAUGGCCAAGAAAUAUAACGGGAAAAUUACUUGUCCGAGGACAGGUCUGGUCUGCAACUACACAGAUCUGGUGAAAGCAUAUAUAUCAUGAUUCCACAUAUUUAUUCAAGUAUCAUAACUUUAUAUCAGUCUGUGCUCUAUGUACAUAAAUGCUUUCCUUUCAACUUAAUUAUUUAAGUACCACAAAAUUCUGGUAUAAAAAAUCUCUCUGCACUGUUAUUCUCA